AUGUCUGCGGUGUUGGAGCAGGCGUGGCCAUUCAUUGGGAUGUACAUGGAGAAGCUACUUAGAGAAAAGAUCCAGCCAUCCAUCAGGUCCUCCAAUCCUGCACUCAAAGUGUUCACAUUUACCAAGAUUCAUUUUGGAUACAAACCUCUCAAGAUCACUGGAAUAAGAGCGUACACACAUGAAGUGGAACAUAGGGAAGUGAUUCUAGACAUGAAUAUAAGUUAUGAUGGUGAUGUGGACAUGAGCACUGACGUGAGCCUGGCAAUCACAACUCGUGUGAAAGGACUUAAACUUCAGGGGAUGCUGAGGGUCAUUUUAGAGCCUCUUAUUGGUCAAGCACCGCUGGUGGGAGGAGUGACUUUUUUCUUCCUUCGCCGCCCUGUAAGUGGCCAGAGACUUUCUCACAGCCUUAUUAUGACGAGUGGAGCCUUGUAUUCACUGUCUGAGGAGACGAUCUUGGAUGCUAUAGCUUCCAUCAUGGUGUUGCCCAACCACAUGUGCAUUCCCCUCAUAGACAAGGUCAAAGGGGACCAGAUGAGGUUCCCACUUCCUCAUGGGGUGGUGAGGGUCCACUUGUUGGAGGCCAGAGAUCUGGUGGCUAAGAACACACACGUGAUGAAUUUAAUGAAAGCGAAAUCAGACCGAUAUGCCACACUGAGAGUGGGCAGCACACAUUUCAAAAGCAAGACUGUCAAAGAGAAUUUGUUCCCAAAAUGGAAUGAAGUGUAUGAGUUUAUUGUCCAUGAGGCCCCGGGGCAGGAGCUAGAAUUAGAGCUGUGCAAUGAGGGCGCAGACAAAGAUGAUUGUCUUGGAAGAUAUAACCUUGAUUUUGGAGAAGUGAAGAGGGAGAAACAAAUGGAUCAGUGGUUUCCUGUGGACAGGGCACUGCAUGGUGAAGUUCAUCUUAAGCUCCAGUGGUUUUCCCUUCAGACUGACACCAGCCUGCUGAAGGAGUCCACGGACAAUUUUGCCUGUGCUGUGCUUGCAGUGUACCUGCACAGUGCCGCAGAUCUACCACUCACAAAGAGAACCACCUGUCCCAACUCCUUUGUGGAAAUGUCCAUUGACGACGACGUUAAGAAAAGCGAGGUUGCGUAUGCAUCUAAAGAUCCAGUUUGGGAAAAGGGUUUCACAUUCUUUGUGCAUAAUGUCAGUGCACAGGAGCUCAUUGUUCAGUCACCUGCUCAGAACCUCCAACCUGACUCUAGACAGCGCUUCAUGCUGGAGCGCUCUGGAGCAAACAGCCAGAUCAAACUGAGGGCCACUCUCAGGGCGCCUGAAAACAGGAAGCAAUCAUCUUCAUCAAUAAACUUGCGUCGGUUCGACUCCCACAGCCUGCUGUUAGAGAACGUCAUCAAUUCAUCGCGAUUCGACCUGUCAGAUGGAGCCUCCUAUCCAGAGGCCAUUAGGAAUCAUCUGGGUUCAUUUGGAGAGAUUGCGUUGUCUGUACAAUAUGCAGCCAUGAGGAACAAACUCAUGGUCUUUGUUAACAAUUGCAGGAAUUUAUUCCCCUGCAGUGAGAACGGCACAGACUCUUACGUCCGCCUGUAUCUCCUUCCUGUCCAAAGCUUGAAGCAUCGCAAGAGGACCGGUGUCAAGAAGAGGGCGAUCAAUCCCAUCUUUUGUCACAGGUUUCAGUUCGAUGUGACACUCAGGGAAGCACAAACUAGGAAGUUGUAUGUGUCUGUGAAAAGUAACAAGAUGUUGGUCUCCAGAGAGAAAAAGGGCAUUGGCUUGGUAUGUUAUGCUACGUCAGGGUAUGAGCUCACUCUGCUUGGGCUGAAGAAAUCCAUCUAG